AGAAGACGAGGAGGAGGGAGUUAACCAUGAGCUAAGAGGGGCAGAACGGAUAUAGCCAGAGGGUGUGGCAGCUAGUGCAUAUAACAGCAGGUCCAUCCCUCCUUCCAUCACUCCCUCCUUCUCUCUCCUACUCGUUGCUCAUUGAGGUCUCCGGACAAACCUAAGAAGCCACCAUGUCCAAGCCAAGCCAGGUGCAGAGUGCCAUGGCACUUCUGAUUUCGGCCUUCCAUAAUUAUUCCGGAAAGGAGGGAGACAAGUACACUCUGAGCAAGGGGGAGCUGAAGGACCUGCUCACUAAUGAGCUUGGAGACAUUUUCGGGAAAUCCACAGACCAGAAAGCACUGGAUAAGAUCUUUAAGGACCUGGACGCCAAUGCUGACGGAACCGUGGACUUCCAGGAGUAUGUCACCCUGGUGGCCUGCCUCACCAUGCUCUGCAACGAAUUCUUCAAAGACCAAAAGAAAUAGUUGAGAGGGACACAGACUAGCCGCAAACAUGCAUAUAUAUAUACUCUCAUUAAAAAUGUAAAACAUUUUUGCUUGAUCGUAAACAGAAAUGCUUUCUCAUUCUGUACAAUGAACAGGUCUGAAAUAAACUAUUUUAAUAUGUGUUAACAGAA